UGUAAAGUGUCUGGUUUAAUGGUCGUAUUUUGAUAUUUGGUGUCAUUGUAUAUCAUUUUUCCAUAAUUUAAAUGAAAAUGGUGCUUUAAUGUUGCCAAAAAAUUGUCUAAAAUGAGGACUGAUACUUUCUGGUCUUGGACAAUAUGUAUUUUCGUGUUUAUUGUGCUCAGUAAUUACAGUAAUACAGUUCAUGCUGUAAUCAAUUCAAAAAAUGUAUCCCGAUAUACUUGCUAUAACUGUGAUGGAAACUGUGACAAACCCUCUACUUGUGAUAAUGCUAUUGUAUGCUAUAGUUAUAGUGUCAUUGAUGCAUAUGGAUUUGCGAGUUUCCAGAGAGGCUGCUUGGAUAAAAAAGAUUUACAAUAUUUUAUGUGCAAAGCCAAAGAAUACAUACCAGAAAAACCAAACACUGGUCAGUAUAGUGGAGUUUGUUGCAAUGGAGAUUACUGCAAUAAUGGUUCUUUUCCUGUCCUGACGCCACAUACUUCUUCCCCAGAGAGUGAUGCUGCUUCUGAUAGUGUAGUUAAAAUCCUUCAGUUUAUAAUAGCUCCAAUUCUUGUGCUUUUUUUAAUUCUUGCUGCAGUCGUAUUCAUUUUGAGGCAUUUUCAUAAAAGGAGAAUGGCAUCCUUAGUUAGCCACAAUGACUUGGAAAACAUUUAUCAGGAUGAAUUUAAAGGAGUUGUUACUGAUGAUAGCAACUUAAAGGAUAUUUUUGACUACUCAGUAACAUCUGGUAGUGGUUCCGGGCUUCCUUUGCUUAUUCAGCGCACCCUAGCACGUCAAAUCACAUUAGUCCAAUGCAUUGGCAAAGGACGAUAUGGAGAAGUUUGGAAAGGAAUUUGGCAAUCUGAAAGUGUUGCAGUAAAAAUCUUUUUCUCUCGGGAUGAAGCCUCUUGGGCUCGGGAAACAGAAAUUUACAGCACCAUGAUGUUGAGGCAUGAUAACAUUUUAGGUUACAUGGGAUCUGAUGUCACAUCAGUCAAUUCCUGCACUCAAUUGUGGCUUAUAACGAAUUACAUUGAAAAUGGAUCUUUAUAUGACUACUUGAAUGAUCGUCCCCUGACAGCUCAAGAAAUGAUGACUAUUGUUAUAUCAGCUGCUUCUGGAAUAGUGCAUCUUCACACCGAAAUGUUUGGAACUGAUGGAAAGCCAGCCAUUGCUCAUCGUGAUAUAAAGAGCAAAAAUAUCCUAGUGAAAGACAAUAGGACAUGUGUCAUUGCCGAUUUUGGAUUAGCCGUGACUCACACUCAGACAACAGGGUCAACUGAUGUUGGAGAAAAUUAUAGAGUUGGUACAAAGAGAUACAUGGCUCCAGAAGUAUUAGAAGAAAAAAUAAAUCCUUCUGUUUUUGAAUCCUACCGGAGAGCAGAUAUGUAUGCUUUUGGACUUGUUUUGUGGGAAGUGUGCUUACGAUGUUUGACUGGAGGCAUUGCCGAGGAAUACAGGCCUCCAUUUCAUGAUUGUGUGCCUAGUGAUCCAAGCUUUGAAGACAUGCGAAAAGUUGUGUGUGUUGAUCAGCAAAGACCUGUAAUACCUAAUCGUUGGUCAUCGGAUAUGACUUUAACUUCAAUGGCCAAGUUGAUGAAGGAGUGUUGGAAUCAUAAUCCUUCUGCUCGUCUGACGUCAUUACGGGUGAAAAAGACUCUUGCCAAAAUAGCAGCUGCUGAUCCCAAGAUACACUUGGAUUUUUAAUGUCUGUGAUUAGAAUUUCCCUGUGGAGACAAAUUAAUGUGCACAAGAAAUCUUCUUUACUUCUUUGGUGUUUAUAUUGUAGUAACAACUUCAUCAGGGAACAGUCCUAUUUGAACGCCAUUAAGAGUGAGACUUAGCAGGUUAUUGUUCACUGCCAUGAUUUUAGAAAGAUAUGCUGAGAUUUUAUCACUUUAUAUUGGUAUGCUUUUCUACCAAUGUGAGAAAGCUUAGAAGCAAGGAUAAGAAAGAAGUCAGAUCUGCCUGUAUUUACAGAUCUUUCAUAUAAAUGCUUCACCUGCUAGCUUAUUUGUUUAUUUUAUGCGUUAGUUGUUUUCAUGUUGUGUUUAGGCUGCUAAAUGCAAAAGGAGCUGCUCUGAACUCCCGAUUAUCCAUGUGGCAAUUAUUCUUGCAGUUUGAAAAUUGGCUUAUUAUCUGAGUUUUUAGAAAGUUUGUUCUUUAGUGCAUGAAGCAUCAAGUAACAUUUGUGUCACACAUGCUUGUCAGGUAACAUCAAGAGGAAAGUUUUCUGCCUUUUUUUGUAAGUCGAUGGACAAAAAAAAAAAAAAAAAAAAAAAAGAAAGAAAGAAAGAAAUCAUUCCAUACUUUUAUCUUUUCCAAACAUUUUCUGUGUUAUUUGCCGUGCUCAGAACUGAAAGACUGGUAAACAUGGGUGUAAAUAUUAUAAAUAGCCUCUGUUAUCAGUUUGUUUCAAGUCUUGACAUGUAAUGAUUGAUAUUUGUAAUAAAUUUAUCAAUUUUUGUUAAAUGCCUAUGAAAUGUGUUCAACCUGAGUUCCCACCAUAAUUGUUUAAUAUUGUUUUCAAUAGUGUUAAUUUCUUUUAUUUUUAAUUAAAAAUAAUUUUAGAAAAGCAUAUAACAGACAUCUAAUUUUUGGAAAAUGUAUGUUUUUUGGGCAGUCCAAAGUGAACUUUUAAGGCCUCUAAAUAAAAUGAAAUGUAACGAGGAUUUUUGGUUUACAAGCCAAUAUUCAGCUAUCCGUUCGACAUUUCUUUGUGAAUAGAACAGUAAAAUACCAUGGAUAAUCGGCAGGUUCAGGGUAUUAUCCUUUGCAUUUUGUUGUAUCAUUUAUAUUCACUAGUCUUCAGCAAAACUAAUAUGAAAUUAAUAUCGCCUCUCAUUUAUCAUUAAUAUUUUAAUAUUUUUAAAAAUAUAUAUAAUAAUAUUUUAGAUUAA